CCGCGAAUUGGUUCGCGGAUUCUGUAUUCUCUCGUCGGCAUUCGGCCCGGUGCAACGCUCGUCGCUCGGCGAUCAGAACAGUCGAGAAGCGUCGAGGUACAAAUUCGCGUUGCGACGUGUCGGAAGAAGUCGUCCGGGAAGCCGAGCGGAAGUAGUCGCGCCAUGGAGACCUCGGAGGACUUUUACAGGACCUUGUGCUCGUUGGAGACGGUGCGCUCCGGGAAGAAAGGGUUCUUCCAAGAGUUCAGCGAGUGCGUCGCGCAGGUCGCCGGCGAAGCUUGGAUCUCGAAGGUGUUCGGCCGGCUGAGCGACGACGAGGCUCGCAUGCGGACCGUCUUCACGGAUAACAAGAUUAAGGACACCGUGCUGGGGACGCUGCGCAGGACGAAGGUCCUGUACAGGCCGAAGGACGCGCGCGCGUCCAAGGCGAGCAGGUGCCAGGGCCUGGAAGCAAUGGCCGCCGGGGAUCUGGAGAAAGCUCUUUUACUGCUGAGUCAAGCCGUUCUUCGCGCGCCGAUGCCAGGAAAGUGCGAAUCGAUCGACGAUGGACUCUCCUUGCCGAAAGCGCUGAUCGGGAGGUCGGAGGUACUCAGGCAGAUGAAAGAGCACGCCCUUGCUUUGGAGGAUGUCAAGCUGGCUGAGGAAGUCAGGUUCCCGGAACGAUCCCGAGCAAAUCACACGAGCAAAGAGGAGGGUCAGUUGCCACCGAGCGAAACGUGCCUCAGCCUCGUUCCUUCGUCGCGCUGCUUCUAUCCAAGGAAACAGUUACCUCGACUAAGCGGUGGCGAGAAUCCAAGGCUGCCGGGUGCCUCGUCAUUGCUGGACGUGCAGGAGACGGCCACAGCAGGCAAGCAAGCCGUCGCGAUCGAGGAGAUCGUUCCUGGGGACACUUUAGUGGUCGAGCCGCCGCUCGCGGCUUGCCUCUUGCCCGAAUUCUUCGGCACUCAUUGCCACCAUUGUUUUUCCAGAUUGAGGGUGCCGAUAGGCUGUCCGGAUUGCAGCAGCGUCGCAUUCUGCGGUCAAGCUUGCCGCGACGCGGCACUCGCGAGCUACCACAAGUACGAGUGCAAAAUUCUCGCGCUGCUAAUAGGCUCAGGAAUGAGCGCUCUCAGCAUGCUCAGCCUGCGAAUGGUCACGCAGUCCGGUCCAGCCGAGUGCGGAAACAUUUGUCGCGCGUUGCGUCAACGGAAUUGCGAGAAAACCGAAGACACGACGGAGCAGCCGAGUCCCCCGGAAACGGCGCCAAUAACGGAACCGCGGACGAAGCUGGGCAAGUCAGCCAAACGGCGAAUGAGGAGGAAGAUGCUGCGCGAUUCUCGGUACCGGAAGGACCAACCGGAAACCGACGCCGAGCAGGACGCAGGCCUCGACCUGCGCGCCUACCAGCUGGUAGCGCACGAGAAGCAAAGAUCGGCGAGGGACUUUUUCGAAAGGUCUUUAAUGGCGGCGUUUCUUCUGGAGUGUCUGCGGACGGUCGGCUUCUUCGGCGACUCGAAACUGGAUGAAAAAGAACCACCGACGGAGCCGGAAAUCGCUGUAGCCGGGCUGCUGCUCAGACACCUUCAGCUGCUGCAGUUCAACGCUCACGAGGUGUUCGAGACUCGGCCGGGCAAGGAUCACCGGUUCCGAGGCAGCAGACCAGUUUACAUCGGAGUAGCGAUUUACCCGACGGUGGCUCGGUUCAACCAUGACUGCUAUCCGGCGGUGACCAGGUACUUCGUCGGUCGUUCCAUCGUGAUCAGAGCGAUCCGCAGUUUGCGCGUCGGAGACAUGGUCGCCGAGAACUACGAGCCUAUCUUCACCAAGAGGACGUUAGAAGAACGACAACGAACCUUGGCAGGGAGGUAUUGGUUCAGGUGCGAGUGCACGGCUUGCCGAGAGAACUGGCCUCGCUUCGAGACCAUGAGCAACGACGACGCGAGGCUGAGAUGUCCCACGGAAGGAUGCAAGAAGCUCCACCGACAGCCGAAGGAAGCGGCAAACCCGGUGGAAUGCGCGGGCUGUCGGCGGAAGGUCGACUUGCGCGAGCCGCUCGCGACGCUGCGCGAGUGCGAGGACUUGUACCAGCGAGGAUUCGCGGCGAUGGAGGAGGAGCAGCCCGAGAAGGCUCUGAAAGCGUUCCUCGAGGCGGCGAGAACGUUUCACCGGAUAGCGGCGCCGCCUCACAGGGACACGCACUUGGCGGAGAUAGCGGCCAGCGCGUGCAUGGCGGACGCCGGAAACGUUUGGUAACCGACACCGAAACGGGGAUCGAGACUUUCUUUUAGUAACAACGCAGAGGAUUCACCUUGAGCUUCCGACCAGCGUGGACGACGAUCCCGGCCUGUGAUUCCUACGAACCGAGGUUGCAGAGAACCCAUUAUGUCCCGCGAGCGACUCUAAAUCGAAGAAAACGUUCGUUCCUUGUCGAGAACAUGCUUAAAGAAUAUAUUUCUCGGAGGUAUCGCUGAACGUUUUGUUUAAUAAAUAUAUGUAUUUGUACGAGUACAACGGGAGGAUACUUGCGUGAAAGAAAGUAUUAGUGAAAUGGGGCAGAAUGGGUUGAUACGCGUGGAUACUUACCUUUCGUAUCCCACGGUGCUCUCCUUUCCUCGAUCACGUCAGCCAGCGAGAAGGAUAUGCGUCGUCGAUCGA